GGGCAAGCCCAGCGAUUGCAGCUGCGGCGUAUCCCGAGGAUCUGCCCGUGGUGCACCCGGGCGGCCCCGAGCCGGCAGCGGCUCCGCAAAGUCGCGGGGCGAGGGAGGCCGGGCUCCCGCAAAGUGGUGGGGCUCCGGGCUGGGUCUGGGCUGGAAGAGGCGUGCCUGCGGAGCCUGGAUCCCGGCGCCCUUCGGCCUCGAGUGCAGCGUCCGGUCGGCUGUGCUGCCGCCCGGGAAAGAGCAGUCAAAUUGCAGCCUCCCCAAAGAAGCCUAGUUACGCAGGCGAGCCGGCUCCCAAAGCGUGCUUAGAGCGGUGCCGCAGAGCCUCCCGGGCCAGCGGGCUAGGGUUGGGAGCGGGGCGCCGUCCCAGAGGCAGCGAAGCCCCGGCGCAGGGUUGCUCCGCGAGUGCUCUCGGGUGCAGAGAGGGGGCGUGAGAGGCUCCACCAGCCCGCCGCCUCAGAACCCGUGCCCGACUAGGGUGCCCCCUCUGUCCCACUCUGGGAGCGAUGCCCCCCGCCCCUCGUGCCCCCCGGGAACGACGCGAGCAUGGAGAAGUCGAGUAGCGAGGAUUCUUCGAUCCACCGGAGUCCAUCUUUGGACAGCAAGGACUCGGACUUUGCCAAGCCGUCCACCUCUGGCCGCCCGUUCGGCCGCGGCUUCACGGCUGGCGCCUUCUACGGCACCGCGGGUUCGCGGGGUCAGAGCCGCACGGAGGCCGGCGUUAAGACUGACAAGUACAAUGCACCCAAAGGCAGCAAGUACGUGGUGUUUUACCUGGACCUGUCCUUUGUGUUCCUCCUAGAAUUUAAGAAGUGCAACAUGGCCAGGGGCUGCCUCUGCUGCUUGAAGUACAUGAUGUUCCUCUUCAAUUUGAUAUUCUGGCUCUGCGGCUGCGGACUGCUUGGAGUGGGCAUCUGGCUCUCCGUGUCCCAAGGCAACUUUGCCACCUUCUCCCCCAGUUUCCCCUCGCUGUCUGCAGCCAAUCUUGUCAUCGCCAUAGGCACCAUCGUCAUGGUGACGGGCUUCCUGGGAUGCCUGGGAGCCAUCAAGGAAAACAAGUGUCUGCUUCUCAGUUUCUUCAUUGUGUUGUUGAUGAUCCUUCUGGCCGAGCUGAUUCUGCUAAUCCUCUUCUUUGUCUACAUGGACAAGGUGAACGAGAAUGCCAAGCAGGACCUGAAAGAAGGGCUGCUGCUGUACAACACUGAGAACAACGUGGGGCUCAAGAACGCCUGGAAUAUCAUCCAGGCCGAGAUGCGGUGUUGUGGAGUCACUGACUACACAGACUGGUAUCCAGUGCUGGGGGAGAACACAGUUCCCGACCGCUGCUGCAUGGAGAACUCCCAGGGCUGUGGGCGCAACAGCACCACCCCCCUGUGGAGAACGGGCUGCUACGAGAAGGUGAAGCUGUGGUUUGAUGACAACAAGCAUGUGUUGGGCACAGUGGGGAUGUGCGUCCUCAUCAUGCAGAUCCUGGGAAUGGCCUUUUCCAUGACACUGUUCCAGCAUAUUCACCGGACGGGUAAAAAGUAUGAUGCCUAAGCAUUCGGCAGCGACUGGCUCCACCCGGACACUGUCUGUGCCAGGGAAGAGGACCUGAGCCUUGUGUCUCCUGCCUGCCCUCCCAUGGCUCCCUUGAACUACCUGCCAGCCUGCCCUUCCCUGUCCACAUCCUUGGCCUUGGACUCUUGGAGGGCAAAGGCCCAGGGAGGAGACAUCAUGCAUAGACCUCAGGGCUUGGGCAUCUGGAUUACUGCACCUGCAUAUUUGCCAAAGACGCCAGGGUGGGCAGGGUCAAGGAAGAAGCUUCCUCAACGAGGGGUUUCUGCCCCUGCCCUUCUUCACAUUGGCACUUGUCCCUGUGUGGGGUGGAUAGUUCGCCCCACCCAGGCCACUGCUGUCCGUGGCUGCCCAGCCAGAGAGCCGGCCAGGGUGCAGUAUGGCACCACCAGGCCAGGCCCCCUGGAACACCCUGCCCAGGUUUUUAUACUAUAGUGUAACUUUUUUUUUUAAAUUUUACUCUGAUUAUGAUUAUUCAGGAAUAUUAUCUCUCGGAUAAGUUUAGGGUUAGCUUUCUGAUUUAUAACUUUUUACUGUGUUGAUUUCCAUAACGGUUUGAGUUUCCUUUUCUGGUGGGUGGGGAUGGGUAAGGGAGAAGGGACCUCCAUCCGCUUUCAGUGAGGACACACCAUUGUGCAACACUCGUGAGGCUAUAGGGUGAGAAGUGCCAGGCUCUCUCACAGAAUGUACCCGGAGGGAGAGGAUGCAGCCAUGAAAUGGGACCCUGCCAGGCCUGGCGACCAUGGAUGGGGCCGGAAGAGGCAGGUGUGAUACAAAGCAUGGCGAGCAUCCUACUCAGGAGUGAUAGGAUGUGCCUGAGCUGGGGAGGCCACAUCAGCAGGGCAUGCUUAGGACACAGAGGCCGUGAAAUGCUUUGCUGGGAGGGGUCCAGUCAGAACAUUGUUGUGGCAUUUCCUUCCUCCUCGCUCAGUCCUCUGUGGGCUUCCCUCCUGACCCACACGCAUCCAAAUGGUCACUCUCACACAUUCCUGCUGCGGAUUCCUCUGGUUCAGACCCUGUUCUGCUCACCUUGUUCUGGGCAGUGGAAGCAAACAUGUUCAGCUGCCCAGACUGAAACAGACUUUCAGGACUACCAGGAGGGGAGGCAGAGUUAGCCAACCCCACAGACUCACUCAGUUGCUGCCUGCCCUGCUGAGGGGAGGAGGUCUAAGGACCCCCCGUCCUUAGGAUCCAUUGCUGUCCACCCUGGGUAGCUGGCAUCAUAUCCUAUGUAACCUCAAAGAGCCGAGAUUACAGAAGACCUGAGAAGUCAGGCUCACAUUGCCACAGCAGUCCUGGGGAGAAGACCCUCAUUCUGGAUGCCCAGUGCUGGGCGUGGGAGAUGGAGGCAGGCCAUUCCCAGCUGUGCAGCAGUCUUGCCAGCACGGAUACCCAGCAUGUCCUUCAGUGAACAGGGCAAAGACAAGGGCCUGUGGGACUGGCCCGGCAGCCAUCUGGGAUCCAGAGUGCCUCAUUCUCAGGGUUUCACAUGGUAGCUGCUUUUCUCAUGCCCUUUGACUUCUUACCACUAUUUCCCACCAGGCCAGGCCUUCCCCAACCUGGUCACAUAACCCAACCAACCUUUAACCCCUCUGACCUCCUUGAAUAACAGACAGUGCAGGACCAGAGGUUUAUAACUUUCAAUAUUUUCAGGAUUCAGGUUUGGGGGAUGGGAGAGAGGAUAGCAGGGAGCUACCAGGAAAUUGGACCCAGAAGUCGCCAGUUCUAGGAGAUGGAGUUCAGAUAGACCCAUUAAACAGUCAGAAAGCAGAUGUGGCGCCUGAUUUGUUUGUUUAUGCCUACCUAUGGAAUUUUUAACCUUCUGCUAACAUCAACAGCAAAGUCUCAGCAGCCUGGGAGGCAGUCACGUGUCUGGAGUGCUUCAGGGUGGUGGUGGUCCCUGGAGCCUUGGCUGAAGUCCCCCAUGCUCCCCAGCCUCACCUCAACUGUCUGUUCAGCAGAGCCAGAUCCUAAGUUCCGAACUGCCUUCUCGCUUUAGCUGUGCGUGGCUUUGUAGUCAUCUGCAGCAUCUCCACGGGGCAGAGGUCUCCAUGCACCGAGUGGAUGUCCUGAAACCCUUGCUUAUCUUGGGGGAUGGCCCCUAUUUUCUAGAAGGCCACACCAAGUGAGGCCAAGGGAGUUGGCUCAGCUCUUCUCUGAUCCUCUCGGCUGUGAGCUUACUGAGGACAACCCUGCCAUGAGACCUUCCUUACCUGUGGCCUCUCUGGCCUAAGGCCGAGUCAUUUCCUUUGGGUCCCAGGUGCCACACAAGCAGUUUGCAGAUCUGAUUUAGAAAGUCCUCUUGGUUUGCAGGUGACCUCAAGGAAACACCUGACGGAGCAAGGGCUUUUCUCCACAGCCAACUGACUGGUAGAAGGGCUCAGAGGGCAGGGUCUGGAAACGGGUCUUGGAUGACUGACAAAGUGUCAGGGUGCAGGUCUCCUUACGCUUCUACACUCUUUGAGCUGGAACAGUGUCAUCCUGUCUCUCCGCCAGCCGGGGCCAGCACCUCAGCUGUCCUUGCGCAUGUUCUGGCCUGACUCAGAAUUAAGUGGCCAAGCCUCCAGGCACUUCAAGUGGAUGGAAUUGAUUGUCCCCUCCUCUCUGGCCCCCUGCCCACCCUCUGGUGGAGGUGCUGACUAGCAGGGACAUGGCACGGGACGGGGAGCUUGGGUGCCAGGUGCUUGGGGUCUGCUCUUGGCCCCACGGCCCCUUGGUCUGGCAUCCCUCUCUCAUGUUCCUGUUUUCUCAUUUCCCUUCCCUCCUCCAUGAUGGUGGAGUCUUGGCCUCCCCUCCCUGCGUGAGCAUUCUGAGGAGUGAGGUCUUUGGGCCUCUACUUGCCUUGCUGUCCCUGGGUGGCCGGAGAGCCAGGAGUGCACGCUUAUUGGUUUCGAAUGCACUUUCUGCUUGCAAUGCCUUGUCUGCAUUUCCUUCAUCCCAGGUCCUGCUUUAACGAACACCAUGUUUUUAGCAUGUUUUUAAAUAAAAACUGAUAAUGUGUCAAAAGCACA